AUGUCUUGGCUCGGACUUACACCGUUGAAGAAGUUCCCGGCGCCCGUGUUGCGACCAAUGGCCCCCUUCUUCAUUGCCGGGCUCGUUAUCGCCUAUGGCGUCAACGCGGCACAGAACACCAUGAUGAAGUCCGAUGAGUGGAAGAACGACCCGCGGAACGUCUACGCGAAAUCGAGCCAGCAUUAA